AUGAAACCGGAAGGAAAGAGAAGUGCUGUUGGACGGCAGACUAAGGAAGGCGAUUGUUUUGAUAUGAGCACCAUCAAGCUUGCAAUCAAUGAAACCGAAAAAACAAAGACCAGAGUACACAUGUCGGUGGCUGAGAAAUAUAUGAAGCGCAAAGUGACGCUAAGUGCGGACUUUGUGAGCCUCUUACGAGAACGUCGAGCAAAAGCCGAGAAGUAUAUGGAUCUAGUCCGGUCCCUUAGAGCCAAGGGCAUGUAUGUGCCGUUUCAGUAG